GUCAAGCAAGCGGAAGAUGGCAGGAGAGCCAGAGCCCCAGCGGCCAAAGAACCAUGAGGAGGAGGUCACAUUUGAAGUCCAGGAAUUUACUGAGAACGACCAUAAGGGUCUCAUUUGCAGUUCCAAGAGCAUACCAGAAUAUCUGACCCGAGUCCCCUGGCUUCUCCUGCUUCUCAUCUCUUUGAGUAUCUUUGUGCUGAUGUUGGCCACCCUGGUUCAAGUUUCCAGGAUUCGUGGAUGCCCACAGAGACUGAUCUCAGAUCAGCAGGGGAACUCCAGCUUGGUUGCUGUUCCUCAGGAGCUGACACACUCCAUCUUGGAGAAAGUCCAGCAGCAGCUGAAUCAGAUCAAUGUCUCUCUGGCUGGCCUGUGCCGGCCAUGCCCCUGGGAAUGGGAGCUCUUCCAGGGAAGCUGCUACCUCUUCUCCCGGACUCUGGGCAGCUGGGAAGCCUCAGUCGCCUCCUGCCAGAAUCUUGGAGCCCACCUGGUGAUCGUCAACAGUUUUGAAGAGCAGCAAUUCCUCAAAUACUUGCACAUCAGAAGGAAUGAACUCACCUGGAUCGGCCUCAGUGAUCACAGACAUGAAGGUUCCUGGCACUGGGUGGACGGAACGCCAAUCGGACUCAGCUUCUGGAAAGAUGGGGAACCCAAUAAUGAAGGGGAUGAGGACUGCGUGGAGCUGUCAGAUGAUAAAUGGAAUGACAAAAGAUGUGUUGCAAAAAACUUCUGGAUCUGCGAGAAGCCCUCAGCUCCCUGCCCUGGUCACUGA